CUCAAAUAUUAAUUAAAUUUAUGGGUUCUAAUACAAGUAAUUCUAGAAGGGAAUAAGCAUAUAUCAAGAAAAGAGAAAAUUUUAUUGAACCAGAAGUUCAUUAUAUCGUCGGUAAUAUCAUACAAUUAUUUUAGAACCUUAAAAAAUAAAUGAGGAACGUAAUUUUCUAUAGAUUUAUUUUAUUAGAACCCAAACAAAAAACGGAUGAGGAAUUACAGAAAGAAAGAGAAAUAUAGCAGGCUUCAGAACAAGCUAAUGAAGCUUUUGAGGAACUUAUAAAUUGUAUGAAUAAUGUGAUAUUUAUUUUUUAUAAACUUAGUUGGAUAUAUGCUUAGAAAAGUUUAACAAGGAUUUAAAAGGAGAUAAAUAAGAUGAAGAUUCUUGA